GGGUGGGGUGGAGGAAGAAACGGAGCCCAGCUACCCCAGAAGGGCCCUGAGAGAGGCAGGUAAGUUCUCCCUGGUGGCUGGGGCACUGUCCCGGGCGGGUGAGGCGGGCUGGUCCCCUCACACAAGAAUCUGCAUGCUUCCUUGCUUCCUUCCUCUUGGUCCCUCCCUCACCAACCUACCUGGAGGCAGGUAAUAAAGCGGGAGGAGGGAGAUGGAUGGAUGGGGAGGGCGGAGAGCCACGUGGUGCCAUAAAGCCCAGCUAGCGAGCCCCGUCCGGGGAGUGUCCAGCCUGCCGGAGCCAAGGCUCGGAGUGGGACCGCCUAGCGUGUGAGCCGGAGCCGGAGCAGCAAGGCCUGGAGAAGGCCAUGCACCGAGGUGCGCCAGGACCAGGCCUCAGGGGCCUAAAGGGGGCCGAGGGCUCUGUCAAGGACUUGGGGGGCUCUGGCCUGGAGGCCGGGAAGGAUUUUGGGGUGCUGAGGGAGAAUGGCGCCCCCCGCGGCCUGGGCGAGGCAGAGGAGGUGCCGAGUAGUAAAAAGCGUGCCCGGCCGGUGCGGUCCAAGGCGCGGCGCGUGGCGGCCAACGUGCGGGAGCGCAAGCGCAUCCUGGAUUACAAUGAGGCUUUCAACGCGCUGCGCAGGGCGCUGCGGCACGACCUGGGCGGCAAGAGGCUCUCCAAGAUCGCCACGCUGCGCCGGGGGACUGCCGCCGGGUAG